AUGUGUUUGGACACGUUACAACGUGAUGGCGUCGGUUCACCGUUAGGUGUUUAUCCUUGCCACGAGAAACUGCAGGCCACCCAGUACUUCAGCUUGUCUCUUACUGGAGAACUGAGGGAUGAGGAGAAUUGUGCAGAAGUGCAACAUGUCAGGGGCAGCGCUGUAAAUAGCGAACGUCGUAUUCUAAUGAUGACCUGUGCUGGUAAACAACGGCAGAAAUGGCGGUAUCUGCCAUCUGGUCAGCUGCAGCAUAUAACGUCCGCUCUUUGUUUGGACGCCGGUAUGGAGACCGGCGCGGACGCAUUAGCCCGCCCCUAUAAUUUUUCACAUACGUUUUCUAACAGCCGUAUAUCUCGCUCGCUCCUAUCGUACACGGAAGAGACGCCAAUAGAAUCCAACAGCACAAUACGUCGUCACAGACAUAAGAAGAAGCACAGCAAAAAGCACGCCCGCAAACGCAGCCACAAGAAGCGUACAAAAAAUAAGUUCAUAUUGAAAUUAGUGAGGACUUUGAUGAAUGACACUGAAGAUCAUUUAGAAGUCGACAUACAUUGUAAACAUAAGCAGCUAUAUCCUAACAAUAGCUUCGUUAGAGAUCUAGUCACUAUACUCAACGAAAAAAAUAUUAAGGUUAUCAAUAAUGGACGCGUAUUCGAACGGAAUAAAGUGACAGAAUUGGCUAAGGGAACAGCACCAUCAAAAGUGCUUCAGAAAUUGGAAAUCCGGGAGAACGCUCAAGAUCAACCAACAGAGAGGCGUUUAGCCAAACGUCGCAAGCGUAAGCGAAUGCGUGUCUCUUUGCCGCCGAUAACUCCUACCGAACCGAGCACUCCGAGCGAAGCGCCAGUCAACGAGAUAGUGGACGAUGCUGACAAUACUGUUGAUUUUGAAAGAACAAAUAAUAAAGAGGACAGGUGAUAUAUAAAUAGACCUAUUCUAUUCCUGGGACAAGCGAAAAUAUUGAUAUUGACCUAAUGUAUUAUGUGAAUGAUAAAAGCAAACGAUACAUAUGACUGACCAUAGAAAUCACUUCCGCGAAGUAUUGCGAGUUUUUGUGUUUAUUACAUACGGGAUCAGGUUUGCCAUCUGUCGUGAUGACUUUUUUAAGUCUUAACUGGCUUAAUAAUUAUGUCCGGCUUGUACGACUCUUGUUAGGCUUUUGCUCAAAUGCCAAAUGAUGACUAAAAUAAAACAGAUUAUUGAUUGUUAUUGUGUGAUUAAUAAACAACUAUUACUUGUAACAAAUUUUUAUUGUGAUGUAAAUUAUUAUCAUAAAAUUAAAAACUUAUAACAAGUGUUUUGUUUCGGUGGUUUUGAUUGGCUAUUAAAUAUAAUGAAGUUCAGCUUUUAGAGAAAGAUAUCCGGCCUAAUACAACGCAAAGUCAGGCUUUUUAAUUUUGGAACCCUUUACGAGAUGUUGUUGAUAUUGAUAACGAGUUCUAUGGCUAGCGAUAUAUAUCGCUUGUUUAGUUUUAACACUCACAUAAUGCUUUAGAUCAUUGUCCGGUUUUUUGGCCUGACAUAGGAAUAUACUAUAGAUAAAUUCUUUAUUUACAUCAUUUUGCACAUAUACAAUUAAUAUAA